UUAAAAGGUAAUGGCGUAAAGCUGCGCAAAGGUAUUAAUGAUUGUAACGUUUUAUAUGCAUAUUAUGUUUGACAGGGAGCUAAGCGUUGUAAGUGUGUGGAUUUAACUAAAUGGUGGGAUUAUAUUUACAAUUACGAGAUCGAUGUGUGCAUGAACUAUGUUGUGACAUAUUUAAAUUGUCCUUCGGAGAAGAAAGUUCUGCCGGGUAAUGUUAAUGGGAUUUACGACCUACAUUUUUGACCUUUAUAGAAAUGGAUGUAUAAAAGACGGCACUAGCUGUCUAUAUUAUAGGGAUUCUCCGUUUAUCUUUCUUGCUUAGUUUUAGUUGUCAUAUAGAACAAUGAAAUUUCGUAAGAAACCAUUAUAAUAGCAAAAUGGCGGCCAUCUUAUUUCCAACAAUCCUUUGCAAGCCAAAUUAAUCAACAACUUACACAACAGCUUAUUGAAAAUACCGAAAACACAGUGGUUUUCUAUUCAAUGCAUGCAUCAGUCGCGCAUUUUUAUUUAUAUAGAUUAUAGACUCGCAAAACAAAAUAAAUAGUACGUGACACAUAUAAACAACCACAAGAAAGUAAGACGAAGAUUUUACUAUGCAUUCUGCUAAUCUUUGUGGUUAAUUUGUUGGUGAAUGCAUGCAGUUGGAUAUAUAGAAGCUUAUUCCUAUGUACAUACUAGUCAUACCUUAUUCGUAAAUAUUAUACACUAUAACUGUGCUUUUCAUUUUGUCUUUAUAUAGAUCUAAGUAAUUAUUUAUAUGAUGACUCGACGUGUCCUGCGGAGCCCCAUCAACUGCACCUGAUUAAAAUUCUAUCGCCGCUUUACCCCGAUGCCCUGCUGUUUGUGAGCCGCGCAGUGACUGCAAGAAAUUUAUGUGGAUAAAAGUGUCGGUUUUAACCGUUUUUAUUGUUAAAAGACUCAGAAACGUAGCACUAGUAGAUGUCAUAUCAACGUUGUCUGAAUGGGUCGCGACUAUACAGAAGAAGAGAAAGCGUUUCUUAGUCAAGUUACAGCAUCUGGCAGCGGAUUGCAAACAACGUCAACAACUCUGUCAGUCCAAGAUAGGCAAGUGGAAAAAUCUAGUAAGGACUACUUAAUAUUUGAUCCUACAGGUAAAGUUUGUUGUUCUUUAUAGCAUUAGAAUUGGCUAUGUAGCAUCGCUACAUUGCAUGCAUACCUGCAUGUUUAAACAAUGCGAUUUGUUGCGCUGUUCUUAGAUCCAUUGACAAUUAUAUAGAAAACCUAAGCCAUAAAUAUCAUCUGUUAUAUCACCAAGUAACUACAUGUAAUGCUGUGAUGUUAGUAAAAAAUCGAGUGGUAAAGCUUUAGUUAUAGAGACAGCCGCUCUUCACGUUUAAAAUCACGAAAGUGAAACUGUAUAGAUAAUAACCCCCCCCCCCCUAAUUUCAAGUGUGUUAAGAAGUGCUUAUAUUCUUGUGCUGCAUUUAUAUAACUUGUUUGACAUUUUAUUAUGCAAGUGAGCAAGACGAUGGAAAAUAUACCGAGUGACUGGGGCACUUAAUUUUAGGACUCUUUUUAUUAUUGCUCAAAAAUCAGUUGGUAAAGGUUCAGAAGCCCACGCUUAAUUAAUAAACGUGACAAUGAAAUUUGAACAAUGAGAAAAUGGUAUAAUAACAUUUCUGCAUUUUUGUAGGUAAUACCCUAUAUUACUGGUUGUUUGUUGUGGCAGGAGCGGUUGUAUACAACUGUUGGACAAUAAUCUUCAGAAUAUCAUUCUUCGAGACAAAGGAGCAUGAUCCUUACUGGAUGACGUCAGACUACCUUUGUGACGUUAUUUACCUUGCCGACAUGUUUGUGGCGUCUAGAACAGGCUUUCUACUCGAAGGCAUACUUCAAAAGAACAUAAAACAACUUCGUCAACAUUAUUUAAAAUCUCCAUUUUUCUAUAUAGAUAUUCUAUCUGUUUUACCCUUCGAACUCUCUCAUAUAAACGAAGCAUACAAUCCUGUGUACCGCUUGAACAGAUUAUUGAAGUUCUACCGAUUUUGGUAUUUUCUGGAUAGAUUUGAAAGCCGUACAAAAUACCCAAAUAUUUUUCGUCUAGCAUCACUUAGUCAGUUUAUACUCGUUGCUAUUCACUGGAACGCUUGUAUAUAUUUCCUUUUAUCAAGACAUCUUGGACUUGGUUCAAAUGACUGGGUAUAUCCUGGCAGUCAUUUGAAUUUAACAACAGAGUACUUAUCUAUGACAAGAAAGUAUAUGUAUUCAUUUUAUUGGUCAACUUUGACUCUGACUACCAUUGGAGUACCACACCCAAACACCAAUAUUGGAUAUGCUUUUGUGACAGUUGAUUAUCUUAUUGGUGAGUGAGUCUUUGAUUAAACAGUUCAAUUAUUCUAAGAAAACUAAUUUUAGAUUCGGGGACGGCGGAACUGGAAAUGCAGGAGAUGUGGUUAAAUACACUCGUCACUCGUGCCAAAUACAGCUGUGGCAAGGUGGCCAGAGAUUCCCUUUGCUUUUAGAGGACUAUUGGUUAUUAAUUGAAAGUCGUUGUAAUUUCUAUUUCGUUCUAACUAAUUAUUAAAAUGCAUGUCAUCUCAUGUAAUGUAGAUAGACCUCUGAACAAAAAUCUAAAGACAUUCCCUAGGUAGAGACUGCUUUACUAUAAUAAAGUUGAAUAAAGUUGCAUUGGUUUGCUUUGUAGUCGACAGAUAUGCGAUGAAAAUACCCUUUGACAAGAAUCUGUACCCAUUCGUCGUUUCAUUCAUUGGCGUAGGGGAGCAGCCAAAGUUUAUUCUUAUUACAAUAUAACUUAUUUCGAUCUAACAACAUUAGGCAACUUAAAAAUGGCCGUUCUAAAAUACGUGAAAUAGCGUUCUAAUGAAUCUAAAAAUUCAAAAUUUUCCCGGGGGAGCAUGCGGAUUCCUCGUGCCUUUGGCGCUCGCAUUUCAAAUUCCAUAAAAAUCUCCCCGCCCCCUCCAAAGUUUAGACCCUGGCUACGCCAUUGGUUUCAUUUAAAAUUUAACGAACUUAGAAUGAUUUUGUAUACAGCUAUUUCAAUUAAGGUUGUCCCCCAAGCAAAGCGGAAAAGUCGAAUACGAGCGCGAAAGGCUGCUGGGAAUCGCUAAUAAAUUCAUUCAUUUAUUAGCGAAUCCCAGCAGCCUUUCGCACUCGUAUUCGCCUUUUCCGCUUUGCUUGGGGGGCAACCUUAAUUGAAAUAGCUGUAUACUAUAUAGGUAUUUGCAUAUACUUAUGUUAAAUUAUGACCAUGUUCAUUAGAUACUUUUAUUAUUGAGCAAACUUGUCUUGAACGUUUUCCUCAAUUUAUAUGCAAUGAAAUUGAGAUGUAUUUCUUUUUUUUCUUUCCAGGUGUUCUUCUAUUUGCCACAAUUGUUGGCAAUGUUGGUAGUAUUGUUUCCAAUACCAAAAUGGCUCGUGUUAAUUUUCAAACAAAAAUGGACAAGUUAAAAAGAUACAUGUAUGUUCACAAGGUUCCCAAACGCUUAUAUGACCGUGUUAUAAAAUGGUUUGAUUAUUUGUGGUCAAGUAAACAACACGCAGGUGACGAUGCUGUUUUAGAUACAUUGCCGCAUAAACUCAAGGCAGAAAUUGCUAUCCAUGUACAUUUGGAUUCUCUAAAGAAAGUGGAAAUAUUUCAAAAUUGUGAAGGUGGAUUUCUUUGCGAGUUGGUCCUCAGGCUGAAACCGCAACUGAUAUCUCCAGGUAUUAUAUCAUGGUAAUGAAUUAGUGCAGACUAGAUAUUAAAUCAUUGUGUAGGGAUCGACUGUGUGAAUGUCUAACCAUUUUUUGAAAGAUAAAAAUAGUUAUUCAUGUGACGUUGCCUUAGAUAUUAAGAUAAAGGUGAAUAACUGAGAUUGGUACUAUGAUGUGGGUACUAUAUUAAACAUGCAUGGGAAUGUCUGGAAACUCAGUCUAUUUUAAUACAAUUUACCCGAUUUUUUUCAUUAAAAUUUCAUGAUAUUGAAAAUGGGGAGGGAGGCGUUCCCAAAAUAAUCAAAAUCUGAUUUACACUAUACAGUUUAUACAAGCACAACAAAUUAUCUUUAGUUGAUUUAUUUUGAAAUAAUAUAAAAGGGAAGUUGAAAACAAACAUCUGUAUAUUAGUCUGUUGGAGUUUGUUUGUAUUGCAUCUGUUGGAGUUUGUAUUAUUUUACUGUUUUUAAAAAAUUCGACUAGAAUUGAAAUGGAUCUAAUGCCGGGUUUUGGUAUUCUUUAUCAGGAGAUUUUGUUUGCCGUGCUGGUGAAGUGGGUCAUGAAAUGUACAUUGUAAACCGUGGAAAGUUGGAGGUUUUGUCGGAAGAUGGUGGCGAUGUGUUGUGUGUUUUACAACCUGGAAGUUACUUUGGCGAAAUUAGCAUACUGGAUUUGGGAGGACGACACGGUAACCGUCGUACAGCUUCAGUGAGAUCCGUCGGGUACUCGGAUUUAUUCCGAUUGUCAAAACAAGACUUGACGUCAGUCCUGGAAGAUUACCCUGAGGUUAAAGGAAGGAUUGAAACGAACGCCCGUCAGAAACUGGAACGGGACAGAAAACGCACAAUGUCUUCAAAGAAGAAGCGGCCAGUGAUUGAAGUAAGACGAGGUUCCCAGAAAACUAGUGAAGAAUUAGCAAUGCAGCUUGAGAUGCUGAAGAAAUCUAACGCUGAACUUGCACAAGAGUUAUUUCACGUAAAAAGUGUGUAUAACGAACGUAUUGCCAACUUAGAGUCGGCACUUAGUGCCUUAUUGAGUAAACGAAGAAUGUCAAGUCACAGAAUGUAAUAAACUAUUUUUCGAAUAACUUCUUCUAAUGUACUACUUCUAUAAGUAUAAACAAAUUUAAUAGACGCU